UUGAACUUGUCUCUUCCUGUUACACAAUAACAGGAAGCCUAUAAUGGCUGCCUUCCUCUGAGCGCUCAUGACACCUUCAUUCACCAAACUGGAACUUUACAGCAAAGUAUAAGGCAGUACAGUCACAGUAUAUUAUGGUACUAGAGCUUGGAUUAAUUAUUUUAUAAGCCUCAUGCACUCACUCUUCUACCCCAGAACAAGCACCAAAGGCCAGUGCAGCCAGGUAAGCAGGGGACUCCUUCAGCCCCCCAGGAGCCAGCCGGGCCCACCCACGGGGCUUUCUUUCUGGCCAGGAACUAGAUUCCACUCAGAUUGCAGCAGGCCUCGUGCUGACUUUUCUCCUGACACCAGUCUUUCCUGUCACAUGGUCUUGCACCGGAAGAGAAAACUAGCCUGAAAGUAGACUGGAAGGGUUGGCCUAAUCCAAAAAGACAACAUUUUCUAAGAAGAAUCUGGCCCAUUUUCUGAAUGUUUGAAAAUGUCAAGCAAGCUUCAUGAAUAAGCCUGUGGGGACAUUGGAGUGCAGCAUACAAGAAUGUAUAAAGGGUUGAACUCAGCUCUUGAAAUCUAGAUAUGGCAGUAAAAGAAGAAGAAAAACAUCACAAGUGUUGGCAUAUUUCAUUCUGAUACACUUGCACCUCAGAUCAUAGGAACUCAGGGACAUCCACUGAAACUGGCAGAAGAUUCAGCACCAACAGAGAAAAGUAUUUCUUCACACAACAUUGCUGAGCUGUCUUGAAAGAAUUCAGGAACUACUGAGUAUGGGCAUGGUUUUCACUUAUGAUUUUACAGAUCAUAAAUGCAAUAUAAUGUGUCAAGUAAAGAAUGACCAGGCAAUACUCUUUGAAAAUUGGAGGCCAUUUGCAGCUGCUCUCUGCUGAGGGAAGUGAAUAAUAGGGUGCCCUCAAGGAAUUUCAAAGGUAUCACUCAACAGAAACUUUUGUGUCUGAAGAAAACUAGACCAUUUUAUCAUGGUGGGCUGGCUGCUGAUCGACCCUGGAGCUUGGAGGAGAGGACGUGAGUCAUUGGAGUGGUCCAGGUUAGUGUCUCACCCAGAGGCAGAACCAAAGGAUGAAGAUGAAGAGGGGGCACAGACUGGUCAUCCCAGAAAUCCGACCCAUGUUGCUCCAUGUCCUGGGGGACCCAUGUUGCACCAUGUUCUGGGGGACCCUCUGGGGGAAGAGCCCAAUAAGGCAAACUUGGUGCCAGGACCCCUUCCAGGACUUCAUGUCCCCACUGACAUUCUGGGGAAAGAGCUCAAUGAAGAAACCUCAAUGCUAGGAUCCCUUCCAGAACCUCGCGUCCCCACAGAUAUUCUGGAGGAAGAGCUCAAUGAGGAAACGUCGGUGACAGGAUCCCUUACAGAAACUCACAUCCCCACUGAUAUUCUGGAGCAAGAGCUCAAUGAGGAAAUGUCAGUGCCAAGAUCCCUUCCAGAACCUUGCAUCACCAAUGACAUUCUGGGGGAUGAGUCCAAUGAAGCAACCUCAGUGCCAGGAUCCCUUUCAGGACCUCGCAUCCACACUGAUAUUCUGGAGGGAGAACUCAAUGAGGCAACUUCAGUGCCAGGAUCCCUUCCAGCUUCUCAUGAUGUUCCUGAAGGCCCUGCUGCAUGUCUCCGCUCUCCUGGGUCCGGUUCAUUAUUAUCUUCUGCCUCGCUGGAAGUUGGCUCCAUCCCACCCUCCACCUCUUCUUUCCUCCUGCAUCCCUCUUCCCCUCCUCCUCCUUCCCCACAUUCUCUAAAGCUGGAACUCAGCUAUGUAAAAGAAACCCUGGAGAGUUUGAUGGAUUUGCAGUUCCAUCAUCUGAAUGACCGCCAAAGACACCUCCGCAUCUGCCAGGAAUGUUUGCAAAACAUCAAGGCACUGAGGGGAGAUCUCCGAAGACUGCAGAGCAGACUGGCAAGUGUGGAAGCCACUAUUGGGAUCCUGGUUCCUCCAAGGGAGCUGGAUGUUGAGGAGGAAAGAGAGAAAGACCAAAACCAGCAAUAAAAUGCUGCAUAUUUAUUUUUAAAAUAUUAAACAUUUGUUUUAAUAGGAUGGGAUGUAGAGAUAAAACAGCAAUAGAGCAUGCAUAUUUACUGCUUAAAAAUAAAAAAGUU